AUGGGGGCCAAGCAGUCAAGGGUGGACGUCAAGGACAAGGAUCCCAAGAGGAUGUUGCUGCUGGGGAGGAGGCAGAAGUUGUCCCUGUGGGAUGAUGCACUUCUCUGCGGAAGGGACCCUCGGUCCCUGCUGAAGCGUGGCAUGUGCCACGUCAGCUUCAGCCUGGUCACAAAGGGGUUGACAGAUGUCCCAGACUUCCUGUGGGGCCUGUCUGAGGUCCAGAAGCUCAAUCUGUCCCACAACCAGCUCAGGGCUCUCCCUCCCGAAGUGGGGAGGCUGACACGGAUCGUGGUCCUGAACUUGUGUGGGAACCGCCUGAAGAGCCUGCCGGGAGAGCUCAGCCUCCUCAAGAGCAUGAAGGUCCUGUUUGUCAACAUGAACUGCCUGACCGAGAUGCCAGCCGAGCUGAGCUCCUGCAAGUACCUGGAGGUGCUGAGCCUGUCUCACAACUGCCUUUCCCAGCUGCCUGCCAGCUUUGCCGACCUCUCCAGACUGAGGAAGCUGAACCUCAGCAACAACUCCUUUGCUCACAUCCCCAUCUGUGUGUUCUCAUUGAAGGAGCUGGACUUCUUGCACGUGGGCUCAAAUCGACUGGAAAACAUCGCAGAGAGUAUCCAGUGCCUGGCAAGCCUGCAGAUCUUCAUCGCAGAGAGUAACAACAUCCAUUCCUUCCCCAGGUCUCUCUGCUUAGUUACCAGCCUGGAGCUGCUGAACUUGAACAACAAUGACAUCCAGACCCUCCCAGAAGAACUCUACCUGCUGUGUAGACUGGCAAAGAUUGCUUGGAAUCCAAUGGACAAAGGUCUCCAUAUUUCCCAUAACCCUUUAUCCAAGCCUCUGCCAGAGCUGGUGGAGGGGGGUCUGGAGAUGCUCUUCAGCUACCUGAAGGACAAGAAGCACAACUGACAUGGGCAGCGGAGGCGUGGCCAGAGGAGCUCACCUGAUUGUCCAUAGGGUACUUCUCUAGUCUAAGCCUCUCC